CUUCAACAUGUCAUUUUUUUGUUUUAGUGCACUAAGAAAAAUCAUACAUGUUAUGAAAAUUGAAGCCUCGACAAAGAUACCAUAGAAACCAAAAUCAAGUUAUGAAACGCCGAUGUACCCGGAUUCUCUGUCCCAGUGGAACCACUAAAGAUGUCCCAGCAGCACCAGUAGAGCAGUAGCAGUGUCAGCUGGGCAGAGCUUUAGGAUGGAGAUCCUGGUGGCCAAGCUGCUUGGCCUGCUGGGAUUGUUUGGCCUCAUGCUAGCUGGCGUGCUGGUCCCAGUGCGCCUCCUGUUGGUGGACUACGACAAAGCGCACAGAUACAGGAGAGCUCUGUCUCUGUGUAACUCGUUUGGAGGAGGCGUGUUCCUCGCAACAUGCUUUAAUGCACUGCUGCCAGCUGUUCGAGACAAGGUUUCCACCGUGUUCCAGCAGCUGAAGAUCAGCAGCGACUACCCGCUGGCUGAGACGAUGAUGAUGCUGGGCUUGUUCCUCACCGUGUUUGUCGAGCAGGCCAUCCUCACCUUCAGGAAAGAGAAACCAUCCUUCAUCGACCUGGAGACCUUCAACGCCUGCGGCUCAGAGGCGGGCAGUGACUCCGAGUAUGACACACCCUUUAUCUCUUCUACCCGGGGGUCUGCAGGCGGGCGGCGCUCACAUGGACACCAACACGGACACUUCAGCCCGGCAGAGCUUGCGGGGGCAGGGCCUCUGCGACUGGCCAGUCUGGUUCUGGCUCUGUCGGCUCACUCUGUGUUCGAAGGUUUGGCACUCGGCCUGCAGGAUGACGCGGCCAAGCUGGGCAACCUCUUCCUGGGCGUGGCCGUGCACGAGACGCUGGCUGCUGUGGCGCUCGGGGUGAGCGUUGCAAAGGCGUCGCUGGGCAUGAAAGAUGCAGCCAAGCUGGGUGUGACGGUGAGCCUGAUGAUCCCACUGGGGAUGGCGGUGGGGAUGGGCAUUGAGUCGGCGCAGACACUGGCGGGCAGCGUGGUGUCUGUUGUGCUGCAGGGACUCGCUGCUGGAACUUUCCUCUUCGUCACCUUCUUUGAGAUUCUGUCCCGAGAGCUCGAUGACAAACAGGACCGGCUGCUCAAAGUGCUUUUCCUCAUUCUUGGAUACGCAGCCCUCGCCGCUCUUGUUUUCAUCAAGUGGUGACACACAGGAAGCCCAUGCACACAUACACACACACACACACACACAACACACAACACACAACACACAACACACAUAGCAUUACCAAAGUUAAAGUCAGCAGAGUUGAAGUGAGAGGACAGAAACAUGACUGAUAUUUUGGCACUCCUGCAAACAAAGAUCAUUUUUAAUAACACUGCGAAGGUAACAAUAAAUCUUAUACUCAUAGACCUCCAGAGGUUCAACUUCUCAUCUGCUGCAGUGAUUUGCAGGUGUUUUGAUGAAAUGACGACAUCCCUUAUGGGUGCAUUCAAAGAUCAAACACAAACACUAACCUCUUAUCACAGAUUCUACAUUAAAGUGUAAUAUUUGGAUUUCA